GAGCGCAGAAAGAUUAUACAACAAGACUCGACACGCCCGAGGGGGUUGACCUCGGGUAUGCCGAGAUCAGAGAAAAAGGACAAAGCAGACCAUUCAAACCUGUCCAUUCUGUAGAGAGAGGGGACCAUAUGCAAAAUUGGAGAGAGGUGAACAAGGAU